AUGGCGGACGGUGGUGGGGAAGAAAGUCUCGAGGGAGACAGUAAAAAGGAAGAAGAAGUCGAACUCGACUUAGCAAAAUGUGCAAAGGAAUUUGCGCAGUACUGCCAAGUUGAUGUUAUAAAUGAGGUAACGUACCCAUCAAAAGUUUCUUUUUGGAAAUAUGUUCAUCAAACAACCUUCGAAAACGAAGGUUGAGUAAGAGUGGUGAAUCUUUUAUUUUAGAAACAUGCCGUUUUCUUUAUUCUCAGUCUAAAGCAAUCGAAGGUACAAUAGAAGAAAUGCUUGUUCGCCUGGAUGAAUUUUCACACCUUGCAGAUACGGUAAGGAGCAGCGAUACUGAGUUAUGUUUCAGAGGUUUUUAGACGUUAUUGUUUUGGUGCUAAUCGAGAUUCUUGGAUUAAUUUAUUCAAGUUUAAGGGCGCAUGAUCCGUAAAAUUAUCGCUGGUUUUGUCGAAAAGGAAAUGUAUCUGUUCAUUUUCUUUCAGACUUUUGUGAAAUAAAAGAUAUUUUAUUGCUUGUUUAAUCACGUUUACCGAAUAUUUCGCUGGCUGCUAUAUCAGUUUAAUUUUUAUGUAGAAACAGAAAUUUCCGUCCCACACUGUUAGUAAUUGUAUCUGAUGGUAUUGGAUAAGGCAAUCUCUAACGUGGGUAACGUCCUUAUCGGGGGUUGCGUGACUUUUCUGUGAUCUCUUAGUGAGAAUUGUCCUGCUAACACCCUGACUUACAACGCAUAAGCACGACUUGCAAAAGAUCGUGCAAUUUUUGGAAACUUUCCCCUUACAGGGAAAGGUAUAGUAUGUGUAAUGGGGUUAAAUAACCAGCUAGUGAUUUAGAUUGGUAGUGAAGUGAAUACGUGUAGUCAAUUAACACCAGAACAAAGGCAAGUGGAGAGGAACAGGGACACUUAAGUCAAUGUUCUGAUAUUUCUCUAAAAAAAACCUGGUCAAAGGCACACAUAUAAAUAUACUAUCAGCCUGAUCUCAUCAAUACUUUAAUGCCUUGCAAUUUUGCCUUAUAGAAAAAUGUGAUACUUGGGAACAUAGCAAUUUUGUCUGUCUUUGAAAGCACCUAAUAUGAACACCCUGCGAGUUAUCCGAUAUCUGGGAUAAAAUAAGUUGAGACAAAAUUAUUGUCUUAAGGGCCUAUCUAACAUUUUACCAACUGAAAUAAAGGAGAAUAAAGCUUUCCCUCCCCACCCCCUCCAUGCAAUGUUAUGCCACUGUUCGAGCUACCUAUAGAAAACAACAAACACCCCAACUUUAAAAAGAAAGGGAGGGGGGAUGGGUGUGGAAUGUUUUGUUCUCCCAAGUUACCCCAUUUGAGGACAAUGCAAAUUUUGAGACCAGGGGCCGGGGGAAGCGGGGAAGAUGGUGUAAGAGAGCUGGGUCCAUGGGGUAUGUAGUAGACCUAAAAACAUUGUCAGGAAAUACAUUUGUAAUUCCUGAAUAGUUGUACUGUACUUUCAAAGUGUAAGUUGUUUGUUCAUGGCUCAGCUAUCAUUAUGUGUUUGGUUAUUGUUGUACCUAUUUGUUUUGUGUUCCAUACAGAUUCGCAAUGACUCCUCCCAGUCCUUGAUUGAACUAAUGCCUCAACUUCAUGCAAGAUCUCAGGAAUUACCAACAAUAUUUAGGAGGAUCGAUCAACUGGAGGUACUUGCUUAAAGAGUGAAAUUUACUACACAUACUUUGUACUGUGGAUUAAAAGCAGAGUAUGCACUUAAAUUGCAGUGAUGUUCUAUAUACCCAAGAAAAAGAUGUAAAAUGCUUUAUUUUGGUAACAGGCUUUUGUGAAUGUUGUCAAGAAAAAUGUUGAUGAAGUGGAAGAGAGUGUGGUUACUGCAGAAAGAGAGCUUGGAAGCCAUACUAUUCAAAAAGUGCUGAGUUCCAUACCAGGACUGAGACAAGUAAGUGGUGUUGUAUAUUUAAUAAUAAUUAAUUAUCUAAAGGUGGGUGUGGAAUAAAGCCCUAGCUGACAUCUAAUAAGCUGCUAAAUUUUCCUUCCCAUUUACCUUAUAUACAAGGUCUCCACUCCGGUUCUUCAAUCUUGUCAUCGCGACCCAAACUUUUGCUUACAGUCCUGUGAUCCCAGUGCUAAUUUUCGGCAUCACUCAUCUCGUGCAAACUGUCAGUCAAAUUUUACCCCCAGAUUCCGGCAUUUCAAGUUAGGCAUAUCCCAGAUCCUGAAAAACCUAUUGACUACACAUCAAAAAACUCAGCAAGCAAAUAGAUUUAACUAGAUAAUUAUUGAAACUGAUCUUGCUAAGAAAAAAUAUUCCUUUUUAUGGUGCCAGUUAAAUGAAAAAUUAUGACAAAGAUAAAAACUAUUUUGAAAAGGAAAGAAGAAAAAUGGGAAGAAAGUGCACUAAUUUGCUAGUAUUAGCAAAGGGUGACCCCUAGGGGCACUCCCCUAUUUGACCUAAAUGAAUAGGUGCCGCUGAUCGUGGUAUGGUUUUCAGGGUAUUGGGUCUUAAAGUAUAGGUUUGAGCCUGUCCUCCUGGACCAUCCAUGUGUAGACACUGAUACUGCCAUGGCAAAUUAGAAAAAUUAUUUGAGUCUGCCUGUUAUUUUUUUUUGUGUGUGCCUAAAUUUAUUCUUUCUCCUGUUAUUUUCAUUUAGAUGAAGCAGAGUCCUCCAAAGAAAGACAAAAAUUUGUCGGAAUGGAAACCACCUGUGAUUUUCAAAACCAGUGAUUUCUUUGGUCCUCCUUCUACAAAGGAGCAGUCAACAGAUAACACACAUGAUCCAGAAAAAGACACUACAGUAGCUGUUUCAGCUAAUGAACAAUCACAGGACAGCAAAGUACAGCUAACAGAUAAUUAA